AUUUUUGUCACCUUGAGGGUCAGCACUCGGUUUGUAUAGAAAAUAGCUCCAAGUUUAAUUUAUGUCUUAUGUUGAUAACACGGAUAAAGUGGUUACGGACGAGCCUAGUCAAAUGAUACACAGCAUCUUUAGCCUUCUUUAUAUUUUCGGUGGAGCUAUUCCGUACAUUCCACAAUUAAUAGAAAUUCGCAAAACACAAUCAGUUAAAGGCUUUUCUACGCAUGUUUGUCUUGUUCUAUUAUUGUCCAACAUUUUAAGAAUAUGCUUUUGGUUCGUACAACCUUUCUCCUCAUCAUUACUUUCGCAAAGUUUCGUCAUGAUUAUUACAAUGCUUGUCCUGAUGAAAACAAUCACAAAAAUAUCUCGUAUGAAGCGUUCCGCUUCAAUACCUUCGACCAUCUCCACGAAAAAAUCAGAAACAGAAGAUCAGAGUAUGAAUAGAUUUAAAAAAAUUUUGUUUGAAAACUUUUGGCGAUGGACACAUUUUCGUCAUUAUCUUUUAUUCCUAUGGCUAUUCACGCUCACAUCUGGCCUAUGCACGUAUAUCUUCUCAUUCAGUCAAGUGUAUAUCCAGUUAUUAGGCUUUAGCGCCUUGUUUAUUGAAGCUAUGCUGGGUGCACCACAAUUUUUAGAGAAUUAUAAAAAUAAAUCAGUUGUUGGAAUGAGUAUUGCUAUGGUUCUAAUGUGGACAUCAGGCGAUAUCUUCAAGACCAUAUUCUUUAUAUCAGAGAAAGCUCCGUUACAAUUUCCAAUUUGUGGCCUGCUGCAAAUUGGACUAGAUUUAGCCAUACUAUUACAGUGUUUAUAUUAUAAAGGUGAAAGAUUUAUGUGAUGGCGACUCUAUGGCGUCAAUUGAUUGUGGAUACAGCCUACAAAAUGGAGUUAUCGUUAUACAAGACUUACUCUGAUUCAGUGUGUGUGUGUUUGUGGGGGGAGGGGUUGGAUGUCUUUCGCUUUUUCUUUUCUUUUUCCACGCACAAUUAUGAAUCAAUUAAUCAAUCAAUCAGCCAAUCAGAAAUCUCAUGUUUUUUGUACUUAUUUGUUUUAUCAACACUUUAUAUGCAUGAAUUUACUGACUAUUUGUUUUUUCUUUCUUGCCCUAUGUGCAAUUUAUGCUUUUGCCAAACUUUCUGGUUAUACAUAUACAUAUAUCUAUAUUUUUGGGGGUGGGGUGGAAGUACAACUCUUAUUUUCAAAAGUGUGAUACAUCUUAGAUUUUUUUUUACAAAGAAGACAUUUCAAUCUUGAUAAUAUUCAAAUUAUGUUUUAUCUAGAGUACUCUUAAAAUCAGGCCUUUGUAUUUUUUGAGAAAAAGCCAUACAAUAAUAUUAUGAUAGUAU